AACUAUCUAGAAGCAUCCUCACCCUCCACUCACUCACUAACCACUAGUAGAACUCUCUAGAACAAUACAAAUCCCAAUACCUACUCAUUCUCCUAGUAAUACUCCUUCAGCUCUCGACUCUCAACCCUGAUACGAUACUGCAAUUAGUAAUUUGCAAUCUCUAUUAACUCUUCGUUAAUUAGUUUUCGUAAAUGGACGAGGGUUUCGGGAUGCCGCCACACGAAGGAAUGGACGAGGGCAUGGAUCUGCCGGAUGAUGGUCCUGUUUUGAAAGUGGGAGAGGAGAAGGAAAUUGGAAACCAAGGAUUGAAGAAGAAGCUUGUUAAAGAAGGCGAGGGAUGGGACACUCCCGAAAAUGGCGAUGAAGUUGAAGUCCAUUAUACUGGAACGCUACUGGAUGGUACUAAAUUUGACUCGAGUCGCGAUCAGGGGACGCCUUUCAAGUUCACACUUGGCCAAGGACAAGUUAUCAAGGGAUGGGACCAGGGUAUCAUAACUAUGAAGAAGGGUGAAAAUGCCAUUUUUACCAUUCCUCCUGAGUUGGCAUAUGGCGAAUCUGGUUCUCCUCCGACUAUUCCUCCAAAUGCCAUUCUACAAUUUGAUGUUGAACUGCUUUCAUGGGUCAGUGUUAAGGACAUUUGCAAAGAUGGUGGUAUAUUCAAAAAGAUUCUUUCUGAAGGAGAGAAGUGGGAGAACCCUAAGGACAUUGAUGAAGUUUUUGUCAAAUAUGAGGUUAAACUCGAAGAUGGGACUUUAGUUGCAAAAUCAGAUGGAGUUUAUUUCACCGUAGAAGAAGGUCAUUUUUGUUCUGCUAUUGCUGAGGCUGUGAAGACAAUGAAAAAAGGUGAAAAGGUCCUCCUCACAGUCAAGCCACAAUAUGGAUUUGGUGAGAAAGGAAAUCCAGCCUCUGGUGAUGUUGGAGCUGUCCCACCAAAUGCUACGCUGAAUAUUACUCUGGAGCUGGUCUCAUGGAUGACAGUUUCCAAUGUCACCAAUGACAAGAGAGUCAUUAAGAAGAUACUGAAAGAGGGGGAAGGAUAUGACCGACCGAAUGAAGGAUCUGUGGUGAAAUUGAAAUUGAUUGGGAAGCUUCAAGACGGUACUGUCUUCAGUAAGAAAGGUGAUGCAGAUAACGAAGAUGAUCUCUUUGAAUUUAUGACGGAUGAAGAGCAAGUAGUUGAGGGGUUGGACAGGGCUGUGAUGUCUAUGAAGAAAGGAGAGGUGGCGCUACUGAUAAUUGCUCCAGAGUUUGCAUUUGGUUCAUCCGAGUCGAAGCAAGAGUUGGCUGUGGUCCCACCGAACUCAACAGUGUUCUAUAAUGUUGAGCUUGUGUCGUUUGUUAAGGAGAAGGAAUAUUGGGAUAUGAAUACCCAAGAAAAGAUUGAGGCUGCUGGCAAGAAAAAGGAAAAAGGGAAUGCAUUAUUCAAGGCGUGCAAAUAUUUCAAAGCCUCGAAGACAUAUGAGAGGGCAGUCAAGUACGUAGAAUAUGAGACUAAUUUUAGUGAAGAGGAAAAGAAACAGGCCAAAGUAUUGAAGGUUUCUUGCAAUCUGAACAAUGCUGCUUGCAAGCUGAAACUGAAUGACUAUAAGCAGGCAGAAAAACUAUGUACUAAGGUGUUGGAAGUUCAGAGUACAAAUGUGAAGGCGCUAUAUAGAAGAGCUCAAGCACACAUAAACAUGGAUAAUCUGGAUCUUGCUGAAUUUGAUCUUAAGAAAGCUCUUGAAAUUGACCCUGAAAACAGGGAUGUGAAGCUCGAGUACAGAGCUCUUAAAACCAAGGUGAAGGAGUACAAUAGAAAAGAAGCCGAACUUUAUGGUAACAUGUUUUCCAAGUUAAAUAAAACAGAUCCAAAGAAGGCAGAACCCAUGAGUGUUGACAGCAAGGGAUAAACUCUCUACAGUGUUAUCAGACUUUGGAAUUUCGUUCUUGUUUAUCUUUUAUAUAACUAGGUAAUGAGAAAGGGGAAGGUUCUACUUGAGUAUUCUUGUAUGGUGACUAUCACGAGGUUUUCUGUUUUCAAGUUUAUUUUCAUGUUGAGGAGUUUUAUGUGUCUAACAAUCAUUCUGAUGGAGAUGGUCCAAGUAAUUUAAGCAAAAUUUGAAUCGGUC